ACUUAAGCCGAUUAUCCUAACGCAGAUCUCCAUUUUGAGUGUCUUAUUAGCUGUUCUUUGACAGUGGUCGCUUGCAUUACUACACACCAGCUGAAGAAAUAAGCUAAACUAACUCGUUUAAAAUGCCUGAAAGAUUUUAUAACUACAGAGAGGAGAAUAGUGAUGAUCCUCAAGCAGAAAAAUUCCGCAAAUUGUUUAUUGGCGGUCUUAACUACGACACGACGGAAGAGGUUAUUAAACAGCACUUCGAACAAUGGGGCGAAAUCGUCGACUGCGUCGUCAUGAAAAACCCAAGCACGAAAAGAUCUCGUGGAUUCGGUUUCAUUACUUACAAAACCGCCGAAAUGUUAGAUGAGGCGCAGAAGAACCGACCUCACAAAAUUGAUAAUCGUGAUUUGGAUACAAAAAGAGCCAUGCCUCGUAAUGAAUCGGACGAAACCCAAACCUCAGUGAAGAAAAUGUUCGUCGGCGGAUUGAAGGAGGAAACUUCUGAAGACGAUAUUCGGGAUACUUUCGGUGGUUUCGGCAAAAUCGAAAAACUGGAAAUGAUUAAAGAUAAAGCAACCGGCAAACAAAGAGGAUUCUGUUUUGUCACCUACGAGGACUUCGACUCCGUAGACAAGGUUGUCCUUAAACGUCGCAUCUCACUCAACGGGAAAAUGGUUGAAGUGAAGAAAGCUGUGUCGAAGGAUCGUGAAGGUGGAAUGGGCAUGGGCGGCGGCGGCGGCGGCCGUGGAGGAAGAGGUGGUGGUGGUAUCCGUGGUGGAGGACGCGGAGGCUUCGGUGGUGCCAACGGCAGCGGUUACAACGACAAUUAUGGAUACCAUUGUAACAUGGGCUAUCAAGGCAACGCUGGAGGACCGCAGGGCUACGGCGGUAAUGGUCCACAAGGUUAUGGCGGAGGUAAUCAGGGUGGCUAUGGAGGCGGAGGCUACGGUAGCAUGGGUGGUGGCGGCGGCCGCUACGGCGGUGGUGACUUCAAUGAUGGCUACAACAACUUCGGAACUGGUUACAGUUACGGGAACGGCGGCGGGCCCACUCGUGGUGGUGGUGGUGGCUUCAACAGAGGAAGCGGCCCCUAUGGUAGUGGCUACGGUAGUGGCGGUAUGAGUGGUAGCAACUAUCGGCGGUAAUUUGGCUUUUCUGAACGAACACAACCUUCAUCACCAGCAAUAUCACAUACUUAAAACCUCUCCCACCAGAGGGAAAAUAAAGAGAAAAUCAAAUUCCACAUCUUCCAUCAUCAAUAGCAACAUCCAACAGCAGCCACGCCAUCUCCUUCAUCCACCUACAUCUGUAACACAAAGCUGCAACACAUCGGGACUCCUACGGCCAGGUAAUAUCCCUGUCUGAUGAUAUAAAACACUUCUCAGUACAUUCUUUUGAUGCCAUUAUAUAUAUAAUUUUAUUAUUUAUCUUUUAGAAUAAUCGUACCUGCCAAAAAAAGAACAAAACAAAAAAGAAAACAUUUGAUUACUAUCAUCUAUGUAUCUCAUAUCUAAUCACAGCAAAACAUGUUUAAAACUGCUCAUCUAUGUUGCAUCUCGGCAUUAUUACCAGAAACUAAGGAAGGAUUAGUUGAUUCAGCUACUAUAUUACUACUAUUCAGCUAUCCAGACCAGUAAUACCAAUAUUUAUGUUACUUCCUCCUCAUCACAGCCUAAGUUUUCAAUCCAAUUAGAAGCCAUUUUGUCAUUGAAACUUUAUUUUAGACUAUUUUUAUUCAUAAAACACCUAUUUAAAUUAUUCUUUGUCUGAUCGUCUCUCCUUCACAACAUACACACAUUGAAUAUAUCUAGGUAUAAUUAAUGUAGGUUAACUAUUCUAGAUAUAUUUCAUGUUCACUCAUUUAUUUGUUCGCAUCGCUUUCUCAGUCCUGACAACGUCAGUCUUUUUACCUUUUUUUUUUAAAUUUAUCCACCUAAAUCUAGGUAAAUCACAAGUGCAGGAAUUUGAUAUUUAUGUUUAAAAAACAAACUUAAAAAAAUAAAUGGUAAAUAACUUAGUAUUAUACAUAUUGUAAUGAAUGGAGAUCUUAGGAAACUUGACUGAAAUCUAUUGUCUCUUAUGGAAAUGGGAGGUGCUGGUUUAGUCCUUUGUUCCACCUGAUACAAGUUUCUCUCUAAAAUGGUCGACAUAAGGCAAGGUGAUGACAGCUUGUUGUUUUUUUCUUAUUUCUGCUACAGAAACUAACAACUUGGGGUAUAUAUAUAUAUAUAUAUCACCACCAUAAUGCUAAAUAAAAUCAGAGACCUAGUGCUUUCUCCUUUAUGGACAUAUGUACUUUUUUCUUUCCCAUCUUAUGUAACUUCAUUUUCUUUCCUCCCUUAUCACUUCAUAUCAUGAAAUAACCUUAUACAGGCCACAGUACAUGUAUUGAAGUCUCUAAUAAACACCUUAUUUAAUAAUUUACUUUUAGAGUUCAGUCUACAAUCAAUUUUUUUCAAAUGUAUUUUUUAAAAAGGGGUCAAGGAGUAGCCAGUGGUGAGUAACUUGGACUUUAAACAAAAGGCAGUGCUUUGGUGAUGGUCAGUCUCGCCCCAGUUUACAUCUUAUUUACUAUUUCUAAAUUAAUUACUAAAGAAAAGGUAAUGAGCCAGCCAACUUAUGUUUUAAUUGUCUAUUUUAUCUAUUCUUUUAUGACCUGAUCCAGCCACUGUCUUAUAGUUGAUUCUCCAGGAAAAUUACUACUAGAAGCUACUAUAAGUGUAGAAAGUGAGGGCCACUCCAAUGAAAUACUGUUGCAGCAGCCAUUUAUCUUCGGCUACUCCCAGCAAACUUGCUGGUUGAGAUGUAUCUUGUAAAUAAAGAAAUUUACAAACUUGAACUAGAUUUCAUCAUUUUGUCUAGACAAAUUGUCGGUUAGUUUUUUUUUAUAGUAUUAUCAUUUCCUGUUCGGUCUUUUUCCAUGUUAGUCAAGAUAGUUUAAGAGCCUCAACAGUAUUUCAGUUGCCGCCACUUGGUUAUUAAAUUUCACUCAUCCACUUACCUUCACUUUGCUUAACCCCAACCACCUCGUCUAAACUCCCACUUUUCUUUUCCCCCACCUCCGACCUUUUCACUAGACUCACCCACCAUAUACAGUUGACGUGUUUUGUUAAUGUCUAGUAUCUUGCUUGGUCGGCAUGUCGCUAAUUCUGUGUCUUAUAUAUGUAUAGUAUGUGUGUAUAAUUAUAUGUAUGAGUGAAAUUGUAUAUAUCUUCAUAAUGCUAAACUUUUCGCUAAAUUAGUUGCUGGUCAACCUUCUGUAUUUGUAAUCAACAAUCACAGCAGAACUUUGACCUGCUGGUCACCACGUGAACUAUGAUGUAGUUAUACACCUAGCCUCAAGCAGAUUUACUGUUUUAAGUAACUUAGUGUCAUGUUUAGUUUCGUGUUAGGUAAGUAUUUCUAGAAUUAACUCGAUUUAGACUUUCUUGCUUCCACUUUCUGCAUGAGCUUCUGUAAUGGUUUUUUUUUUUUUUUUUUUUUACACAUGGCCCUGUCACCGUCUGUUUUAAUUUUCGAUCCAUCCCUAGUUUUCACAUUCUCAGCUGACCACUGACCAUACCCAUGAAAAUUACCGUUCUUUCUUCCUGAUCCCAUACCCCGCCCCAAUUUCAUGUGUGGUAAGGUCGGGGCUGAAAGGGAUGAGUUUUGUACUGUUUGCAUGCCAGGUGGGUGUGCUGGGGGAAUUUUAAUUUUGCUUUCUUCCCGGUUGCUGCAUCUUAGUGUAAGCCACCCUUGUAGGUAGGUAAGUCAGUCGGCAGUCAGUCAUCUUGUUUAUACUAUUACUACUACUACAACCAUUACCAACACUACUACUACUGUUGUCAUUUCACCCAGUACCAGUCUACUUUUCAGGUCAAUAUGGCAUAAGUAUUGUUUGAUAGAUAAGAUGAGCUUAUUUGCAGUUGUCAGCAGUACAUUUAGUGCCUUUCGCUACUCUAAGUAUGUCUGGGGAAUUGAGGUAAGUGACUAUAUACUAAUUAGGUGUGAAUUUGUCUGUAAUAUAAGUCUUGGGUGGUUCAACUUAACCUAAUUAAUGGUAAUGUAUGGAUGACUUAUUCUUUAUCUGAUAUAUUGUAUAUUCUAAAGGCAUUAGGCCUCCACUAUAAGACUAAAAUAUAAAAAGAAAUUGGUAGUACUAACAUAAAUGUACGAUUUAAUGUCAGUUUAAAGCAUUUUAGAAACUUGAGCAAUGGUUUAAUAUAAACAUCUACACAAGACUUAGUGUUAUAUAACUAUUAUUUAACAAACAGUUCAGUGUCUUAAAUGACUUUAAAUGUAUUAAACCUGCUUUAUUUUCAGCUCUUUGAACUAGAACUUGCUAAUUUAGCUGGUCUUAAGAUUUCAGGAUUAGCCCUUAGCAGUUUAUACGAGGCAUAUGCGAUGCUAGUUGUCACUACUACCUCUACCUAUCCUACUACUACUACUACUACUACUACUACUGAACAGCAUGGAAGCUAGGUGACUAUGAGGAAGAUCAAGUAAAGGUUGACACUAUCAACUUGAAACUAGUUUCAAUCUAUGUGAACUGCAUCAGGGAAAUGGUGAUUGAUAGGUGAGAGCAAUGAGAACAGCCAUUGGGAAUACAACUGAGCUUACUGCUCAGUAGGAGUUGGUUUUGUAGCAAGAUGCAGUCUUGGUGACCAAGAGGAUUGGCUUCCUUGAUGGCUUUGAUAUUCUCUGAAGGUGCAAUUUGGAGACUCCGAGAAAGUACUGCAAAUUUAAAGGUGUAAGCUUAGGUCAAGCUAAGUAAUAGGUGCAGCAGAUGAUCCCAAGAUUUCUGCCAGAUAUCCAGUCAGGGAGUCCACAUGAGGCUAUUAGCCUCUUGUAGAACCUUUUAUCUGAAUGAUUUUAAUAAAGAUUUAUUUAAUAAUC